GCACCCCUGGAACCCAUCUCCCUGCAGCCGUGUCGUCCUUCUUCACUCCUGCAUUCAUGUUCACCACAAUGUUUCCAAGGCUUUUCACAGCUGUCUUCCAAAGAUGGUUCCCAGCCGCGUUCCUAGGAGUAUUCACGACAACGUUUCAAUGGGUCGCGCUCUGGUUUCGAACACCUAGUUCUAUUUCUACGACGAGUGUGUCUAGCCUGGUCGACGAUGCGACGGCUGAAACGGUUUACUUGCAAGAAUUGAGCGACGCUGAAGCGAGAUAUGGCCCAUAAAGUCCACAAUUAUCAUCUGAUCUUUUCAAAAUUGGCAGC